CCAUUGGAAUAAUAAUUUCUCCCAGUUCAAAGGUCAAAAUGUCAGCACUGAGAGUGUUAGUUGGUUGUAAACGAGUUAUAGAUUAUGCUGUUAAAAUUCGGGUGAAACCAGAUAAAACUGGUGUGGUAACCGAUGGAGUCAAACAUAGUAUGAACCCAUUCGAUGAAAUAGCUAUAGAAGAAGCUGUUAGACUUAAAGAAAAGAAAAUAGCAUCAGAAGUAAUAGCUGUGUCAUGUGGACCACAGCAAUGUCAGGAAACCCUAAGAACAGCAUUAGCCAUGGGAGCGGACAGAGCCAUACAUGUAGACAUUGAUCCUAAAGAUUAUGAAACUUUACAACCAAUACAUGUUUCCAAAUUCUUAGCCAAACUUGCACAGGAUGAAAAAGCUGACAUAGUAAUAGUUGGAAAACAGGCUAUUGAUGAUGACUGUAACCAAACAGGACAGAUGACAGCUGCUUUGUUAGAUUGGCCACAGGCAACAUUUGCAUCCAAAGUAGAAAAGAAUAAUGGUGAUUUAACAGUAAUUAGAGAAAUAGAUGGAGGUUUAGAAACAAUCAAAGUCAAACUACCAGCAGUAUUAACAGCAGACUUACGAUUAAAUGAACCAAGAUAUGCAACGUUACCUAAUAUUAUGAAAGCAAAGAAGAAACCAAUGGCAAAGAAGACACCGUCAGAUUUAGGAGUAGAUGUGGCCUCACGACAGGAGAUUGUCAGUGUAGAGGACCCCCCAGUCAGAGAGGCAGGACAAAAAGUGGAAAGUGUGGAAGAUUUAGUCACUAAAUUGAAAGAUUCAGGCCUUGUAUGACAGCAUAAUCAUGAUACUUAGGGUUGUGAAUUGACCAGUUUAAAAAUUCCAGCAAUCUUAGUGCAGACAGUUGUUUGAAUUACAAAGAGAAGAGAAAAAUUUACAAAUAUUUAUUCAAUCAGAUGAACUUUAAUAAUAAUUAUUUAGUUUU